AUGGCAGGGAAGUUGGACAAGCGCGUGACAAUUGCGCUGAUCGGUACGGCAAGCGUGUGUGGGGCAGGUCUCGCCUACUAUUUGUAUAACAGACACUUUCACUCAAGUGAAGAAAGUAUUGAAAUCGAGCUGAAUUUGGAGAGUGCACAGCUUGAAUGGCUUGGCACCGUGUCUGACAAAUACACAGAUGGGGACGUGGCGAUUGCCAUGAAGAAAGUGGUGGAUCAUUGCCAAGUCGCUAGUGAAGAUCCCAAAGCAGCCGAAACAAUAUUCAAAAAAGUUCGGUGCAAUUCUUGUGGGAAGAAAGAAAAGCUUCCGUUUACGGUCUCGCUAUUACAGAAACAAGUCGAUUUCCUCGGCGAUGCAGCAAAAAAGUACGAGAUCACCGCUGGAAACGACAAGUGUAUGCGAGUCAUGUUGGAAUAUGCCAUUAAUGACGCGCAGGAAAGCAGUAUUUUUGGCGACUAA